AUGAAGACUAGAUACAAGAAAGCCAAGCGUAUUCUGACAUUUUACUAUAACCAUUUUGGUCUGAAACCUCCUUAUAAUGUCCUGAUCUGUGGCACAUUUUGCAAACAAGCCCUUGUGGAUAAAAUUAAUAUUGCUGAACAGUUACCCAAGUAUCUGAGCGCUGAGGUGAAACUGUGCACAACCAAGUGUGCCAUUAAAGAAUGUGAGUUGGGAGGAUCUCUGCUGUACGGGCCGUAUAAAGUUCUGAGCCAGUUUGACAUUGUUCACUGUCCACACGCUUGGUUCAAAGGAAGUGCUAAAUGUCUACGCAAGACGGCCCUGGGUAAAGGAAAUCAGUUCUUGGUUGCUACACAGGAUGAGGAGCUUGCAAGCAGUCUCCGUGAGCACAAUGUUCCAUUACUCCACAUUUCCCACAAUUCUAUCAACCUUGAAGCUGCAUCUGACAGCUCUAAAGCAACAGCAGAAGAGAAGACAUCACAAAAGUUAACAUUAUCACAAAAACAGGAGGCUUCAAUAAUAAAAAUGAAACAAGAAAUGGGUUUACCUGUAGAAGAACUCAAGAAAAAGAAAAAGAAGAAGCUCAAAGGGCCAAAUCCACUUUCUUGCAAAAAGAAGAAGAAGAAGAUGAUGAACACGCAUGCAACUGCUCUAAAUGGUGUGGCAUCUGGCGGUAUAGACAAGAAGAAACGAAGAAAGAAAAAGAAAAAGUCCCACUCUGUUGUUGCUGAUAAUAUUUCUGUUUCUUGA